CUUAAUAUUAUUAACUUUGUCAAUUUCGCGCAGAACACAACGAGGUGUGUUUCAAAACGGGUGGCCAAACACGACGCUCUAAGUAAGCGUACGGACAGCUAGACACGCAGGUAUUGCUAAAAUCCGCUUUAAACGGCUCCACAUACAAUAAACACAGUGUCGAGCUCUCGAUUGAACGCGCCAAUAGUUACGAACGUGCAGGCGUAGAACAAAGUGCAGCUAAGUGCUAUUGACGGCUGAAUGCAGUGCAGUGCGUGUACAUAAAGCAAAAAAAGCAAAAAAAUUAUAGAUAAACAAAUCAGAAUAGUGAAAAAAGUUCACCUAACCUUAAAGUGUGCUGUAACAUAACAAAAAAAAAAUAUUUGGGUGCAUGUGCAAAAAAAGUGUAUAGCACUCCUUAAGAAAAGUCUAAACACUUGUUUGCAGCAACUAAAUUACCAAAAUAAAUCAAAGUACGUGUGUGUAAUUUCCGUUACUCGCCGUGUUACGCAAUAGUUCGUUUGUCUACUUCAUCUCCACUAACGAGCAGUAAAAAUGCAGUCGCGUUUGUUGUUGGCAUUGCUUUUUGUUGUAGUCUUAACGGUACUGCUUGGUUAUGUACCCAGCACUGAGGCUGCCUCAACUGAACGACCUUACCAAUUUGGUUUCACAAUCGAAAAGCAGCAACAUCGUCAAGAGAAAAAAGAUGAGCGCGGUAUCGUUAUGGGCGAAUUCGGAUUCAUAACCGCUGACGGCAUUUAUCAUGUGACAGUCUAUGCAACCGAUGAGGAGGGCAAAUUUCGUAUAUUAGCUAUGCGUAGUUAUCCCUACGAGGAGAAUCCAAAGACAAUUGAAAUGGUCGUGCGACCAAAGCCUCAGCCGACUACGCCAAAAGCCAUCGCCACGCCAGCUACGACGGCCAAGCCAAAACCAUUUGAAAAACACAAUUUCAGCGUACAAGGUUGUUCCGGCUGUUUUUUGAAAAAUAACGCACCGACAACAACAACAACCACACGAAAGCCUGAAGAUAAAAAAUAUGACAUCAGUCUCUUAUCUCGGCCGCUGGCACCAGAACAAGCACCGGUUAUUGGUAAGCAAAUUGUUGCAAACGUUUUACCACAAGUGAUACAAGAGGUACAACAAGUCGAAACAAAACUCAAGCAAACAGCAACAAAUGUGCCACCAAAAGUAACUGCAAUUGUUGACACAGCUAUUGCACAACAAAUUACACCACUUGCUAGCAAGCCAGUUGCAGGAUUUAACACAAACGCAAACCCACAAAAAGAACAGGGAUCACAAACAACACAGCAAAAUUUACCACAGCACACUACACAAACACAACAAAAACCACAAUUUGCACCACCAAAACCGUUAGAAACACUUAGCACAAACGCAAACCACUUAAGUCCUGUCGUUGCACCAAACCUAGCGAGUUCCGCACCGCCCAGCAGCACUGUGGGUGGCAGCAAAGCUAAGACACCAACCACUAGCGCAUUCGGCAAUGCACCACAAGUACCCGCAAAAACCGGCACUAACGUAUUCUCAAAACCAGCCAGCAGUCAGUCCUCAGGCGGCGCUAAGGGUUCUCCAGCUGGUGGCAUUCCAACCCCCAGUACGCAAAUCACGGCACCAGCUAUUGGUGGCGGAAAGGGCGCUGCUAAUCAACCGAGCGCAAAUACUGGUUCCAAUAGUGGUAGUAGUGGUGGAAAUAACGGUUUUGUUGGAAAUAAUAAAUUUGGUGGAAAUAGCGGUAGCAGCGCAGCAAGUGGCAGUAAAGCAGGCAGUGCUGCAGGCUUUGGCGGAGGUUCAACGGGCAACAAAGCAGCUACUAGUGGUGCGUCUGGCAGCAAGGCAGCUACUGGUGGUUCAACGGGCAGUAAACCGGCCUUUGGCGGAGGUUCAACUGGCAGUAAAACAGUCAGCGCUGCUGUCGGUGAAGCGGGUGAUUUGUACCGUUUCAAGUAUCUGCUCGACUACAACGGCCACCGGGAGACGGGCUCGCAUAGCGGCAAUAAGGAAGGCAGCUUCUACGCCAUUGGCGAUGACAAUGUGGAGCGCACCAUUGAGUAUAUAGCGAAUGAGUUCGGCUAUCAGCCGCGUGUGCGUUUCCGCAAAUUGGACGCGCCGGUGCAGGCGAAAGAGAACACGCUGAAGGAUUACGAAUUUGUGUGGUUCAAAAAGCAAUAAGCGCUGGAGCAAAGUUUGCGCUUAAAUAAUUUUUAUUUUAUUUUUGUGUUUGCAUUUCUUUAAUUUAUUUAUGCUGAAUCUGCAGUGGCGCCGUCGUGUGUAUGCGCGUGCGGAGAGCAGCAGCAGCAACAAGAGAAUACUCAAUAAAUUGAAUGAAAAAGAGAGCGUAUU